GACCAGAUCCAUCAUGAGCGCAAACUACGCAGCAGUUGCCAACCAGGGCGAGGUCCGUUCCAGAAGACCUGCCGACCCGCCUAUGCAGACUGGUGGACAUCAGCCUGGUAAACUUGUAGACAACGACGCUAUCCCCGAGUUCAGUACACAAACACUGCCCGCCGGAAUGGCUCCUGCCUUAUCCACUUUUACUCCCAACCCUGUUCUCAAUAACCAAAAGAUG